UCUAUAAGCUCUGCUAGGUCGUCGAUCGCAUGUGCAUGUGUACUUUUUAACUUGUUCGAUCGAUCAUCAUCUCCAUCCACCGCCCGCCGUAGCUAGCUAGAUCUGCUGCCAUGGCUUCCUUUGGCGAGGCUCCCGGCGGUGACGCCGGCAGCGGCGAGAAGAUCUUCCGCACCAAGUGCGCGCAGUGCCAUACCGUGGAGCGAGGUGGCGCGCACAGGCAGGGACCCAACCUGCACGGCCUCUUCGGUCGUCAGUCAGGCACCACCCUCGGCUAUGCCUACUCCACGGCCAACAAGAACAUGGCCGUCGUCUGGGAGGAGGGCACCCUGUACGACUACCUCUUCAACCCCAAGAAGUACAUUCCAGGCACAAAGAUGGUCUUCCCGGGGCUCAAGAAGCCUAAGGAGCGAACCGAUCUCAUCGCCUACCUCAAGGAAUCCACGGCUUAACUUCUUCUAGCUAUCUUAAUUAAUUCACCAUGCACGCACGCACAUCAAUAAAUCAAGGUAGGAAUCUACUUUUCCAUUUCUUUUACCUUUUAAGUACAUCCAUCUAUAUAUUACAUCGGUCUCUGUGAGUUGAUUCCACUUUUGUUGUUCUUUGCUACGGUUUUUAUAUAUUAUAUAAAUUGAUAUUGA